CAUGCCCAUAACCAGUUUCUCUGCCUCCAAAUCCAGUGCCUAUAUUCCUAUAACACAAUUCACAAUUCAUAAAACCCUUUGCAGUUUUCUUUUCUUCUCAAACAACACAUUUCCAAAAAAGGUGAUAAACGACAGAAGGGAUAGCGAACGACAUCGUUGCGUGUUGCCGCCAUGAACUUCUUCGCGUCCGUCUUCUCCGAGGAACCCGAUUCGCCGACACACCAAUCCGAACAACCGGAUCCAGAUCACGAUGAUAACGAGCCCCCUACUGCGGACGCAGAAAACUCCUCAUCCGGCGAUGCAUGGAGCUUCGGAGGCCUGAUCCAAACCCUAGCGUCCAAAUCGGAGUCUGUUCUCGAGAACUACCGCCGCGAUCUCGAGGAUUUCAGCUCCGGACUGAGGAUGGAGACUGCGGUGAUCCGUGAGGCAGCAUCACGUGCCGUCAAGGAUCUCCCAUCCUCCCUCGACGCCGGCGCCACCGUGGCGCAGGAGUCGCUCGAGACCGUCGGCCAGGCCAUAGACGACAUCGGCUUCACCGUGUGGAAAUCGACGGCUAAGAUCAUCUCUCACGGUAGAGACUCUCUCCUCGCCCCUGAUUUCGAUUCCUCAGAUUCCGAUAACAACAAUCUUGCUAGGAAUCGGUUGAGUAGUAGCGGCGGUAGUUUUGAUUUGAAACGUUAUAGUAGGUUUGAUGCGCUGGUACGUGCUCUUCAGAACGACGUGAAUACCUAUGUGGAGGAUCCUGAGGAUUUGGAAAAUUAUGAGGAGUGGAAAUUAGGGUUUGUGUUGGGGGAUAAGGGUGAGGAGAUUGGGAAUUUGAUGGAGGAGAAUGGUAGUGUUGAGGGGAUUUAUAGGAAGGUCGUGCCUAGUAGGACUGAUCAUGAUAGCUUCUGGACUAGGUAUUUUUAUAGGCUGCAUAAACUGAAUCAGGCCGAGGAGGCGAGGGUGAAGCUCGUGAAUCGCGCAAUUUCUGGAGAGGAAGAGGAGGAUUUGAGCUGGGACUUCGACGACGAUGAUGACAAUGACGAUGGAUAUGAGCCGAAAGGUAGCUCUGCCAGGAAUGCGCAGCAGCAGCCAGAGGUGGAGGGGGGAAAUUCUGCUGAUGCUGCCACGGGUAACAAUGCUGUUGAGAGAAUUAGUCCUGGGGAGAAGGAUUUGAAGAUAGAAAGUGAUGGAAAGGGUGUUACUUCUGAUUCUAAAACUGAUGGUGAUGAUAAGCCGGCGGAGGUGGAGUAUGAAAGGAAUGUGGCAUCUCCAUCUAGUGUUGCUGCAACUGUAAGUGAUGGUGGCGAUGGUGAGUUAGAUAUGAAAUAUGAAGAGAAAGAGGCAUCUGAAGUGAAGACAGAUAAUGAAAAUGGAGGAUCUUGCAAAGAUAGUGAUUUUUCUGUGGUUUCAAGCCAGCCUUCCACACAUGGGGAAGAAGACAUUGGAUGGGACGAAAUUGAAGAUAUUGUUAGCAAUGAUGAAAAUAAGGGGGAUGCUGGUGGGUCCACAAGUAGGGGUGAUUUGCGGAAGAGGUUGACUGCAGCAGACCAAGAGGAGGAUCUCAGUUGGGAUAUUGAAGAUGAUGAUGAGGAUGUUAAAUCAUAAACAAAAUGUGAGUUUCAGAAUCAUUAUCAUUUAUAAACAGGAAUUGCUUAUUAAUUGUAUAAUUCUUUCUUUGUAACUUAGCAAUGUAAAUAAACUCUAUUUUUUAUGUCUUACCCUUACACACAAGCUUAAGUGGCAAGGUGUACACCAUUUGCAAUGAAGUUUAAUUUGUAAGUUCAUGUGGAAUCUUCAUUCAUCCAACCUGAGGAAGGGUUUUUGCAUCAUUUUAGAUGACUUACGUAGAAAGUAUGUCUUUAAGCAGCAACUUGUAAUAGUUUGCAUUUACGUUCAUUGCAAUUUUCUUUCCUUAAACUUUGUAUUUGAAAAUAGAUAGACAAGGCUGUCCAAUCAGCACCCCUACCUCCUUUAACUUUGAUGAGUAAGCGUCAAGAUGAUUGAUGUUGGUUUGUGAACUGGUCCACUUUGAGCAUGGUGUAAGCACCCAAGCAAAAAAGUCGAUCUUGUUCGUAAUUUUUGUUCUAUUCAAAUGCGUAUUCCUGAUAAUGUAUUUGGGCUA